AUGGAGUCCAUUGUGUUUUUUCCCCUUUUGUUGGAGAUUGUGGUGCUGCCAGAGAUUAAAGCGGCAUUUCACUCCCUGAGGUAUUUCCAAACUUCCAUGUCUCUGCCCGGGAGAAAGCCGCGGUUCUUCUCCGUUGGCUACGUGGACGAUCUGCAAUUCGUGCGCUUUGACGGCGACAGCCCGAGUCUGAGGGAGGAGCCCAGAGCGCCGUGGAUGGACAAAAUGGACCAAGAUUACUGGGAGAAGAACUCACGGAUUUCCAGGGAGACCGCGCAGACUUUCGAAAUGGGCCUGCAGAAUCUGCGGGUCUAUUACAAUCAGAGCGAGGGUGGACUUCACACUUACCAGCGCCUGGUCGGAUGCGAAGUGUCUCGCAACGGGAUCUUCAGGCGUGGGUUCGAGCAAUUCGCUUACGAUGGGCUCGACUACAUCUCCCUGGACUCCGAGACGCUGAGCUGGAGGGCUGCGGACUCCGUGGCUCUGAACUCCAAGCAUAAGUGGGAGGCGGAGCCGAUCAUAGCCCAGAGACAGAAAGCUUAUCUGGAGAAGAAGUGCGUGCAGUGGCUUCACAAGUACUUGGAGAGCGGGAAGGAGACACUUCUCCGCGCAGGCCCUCCCUCUGUGAGAGUGACUCAUCAUGUCAGCCAUGAAGGGAAGGUGAUGUUGAGGUGCUGGGCCCAGGAUUUUUAUCCUGCUGACAUCUCCUUGAUUUGGCUAAGGGAUGGGGAAGAACAGUUCCAGGACAUCGAGUUCAUUGAGACCAGGCCUGGGGGAGAUGACACCUUCCAGAAGUGGAUAGCUGUGGGGGUGACCUCGGGCCAGGAAGGCAAAUAUACCUGCUUGGUUCAGCACAAGGGACUGCCUGAGCCCCUCACCCUAAAAUGGGAGCCCCAGGCCUCAUUCAUCUGGAUCAUUGUGGGGGUCAUUGCUGUUUUCCUUUCUGCAGUUAUUGCUGGAGUUGUGAUCUGGAAAAAAUUGAAUUUAGGUAGGGAUCACUGGAAAGUGGACAAUUCAGGGACUACAUUCAGACAGCAGGCAAAGAUAGUACACAGGAGUCAGAUGUCUCCCACAGCAGCUGAGAGAGAAAUCUUGUGUGGAAUUGUGCAAAAAACCCAAGGAUAUUCAAGCCUCCAAUUCCUGUCUUGCUCCUGUUGACCUCUGGCUUCUUUGAUUGAGGCUGGCAGGAGUUCUGAGGUUCAAGGAUGAGGAAGAGGAAGAAAAAAAUACUGAGGCAUAGAGAAAAAAUGAACUGGAAAAGCAAUAGUAGUAACAACAACAACCAAAAAAUCCCCCCAAAACCAACCCAGGCAUUUCUCAAGACAUAGGAAAAUUA